UAAGAGACUGGCUGAGGACCAGAUACCGUUCAUAUCAAAGGAGUACGCUGUUCAGCUGGAGUUCAUAGGAGACUAUGUGAAUGCCCUGUCUCACUAUGAGAAAGGUAUGACCCACAACAACAAGGAGCAUGAUGAGGCAUGUCAGGGGGGUGUGGCCAGGAUGUCAAUCAGGAUGGGUGACAUCAGAAGAGGCGCGGCCCAGGCCAUCGCUCACCCGAGCAGAGUCCUGAAGAAAGACUGUGGAGUUAUACUGGAGAACAUGAAGCAGUUCUCUGAAGCAGCCCAGUUAUAUGAGAAGGGACAGUAUUAUGACAAGGCUGCUUCAGUCUACAUACGCUGCAAGAACUGGUCUAAAGUAGGAGAGUUACUUCCUCAGGUCUCCUCUCCUAAGAUCCACCUGCAGUACGCCAAGGCCAAGGAGAUGGACGGAAAGUUUAAGGAGGCUGCCCAGGCCUAUGAGAGUGCCAGGGACUGGGACAACGUGAUCCGGGUGUUGCUGGAACACCUCAACAACCCUGAAGACGCCGUCCGCAUUGUCAGAGAGACGCAGAGCAUCGACGGGGCCAAGAUGGUUGCCAGGUUCUUCCUGCGUCUCAGUGACUAUGGUUCAGCCAUCCAGUUCCUGGUGUUGUCCCACUGUAACGACGAGGCCUUCCAGUUGGCUCAGCAGCACGGGCAGAUGGACAGCUACGCAGACAUCAUCAGCUCUGAGGCCACCCAGGAGGACUACCAGAGUAUUGCUCUCUACUUCCAGGGGCAGAACAAACACCUCCAGGCUGGGAAGUUCUUCCACAAGUCUGGCCAGUACAGCAAAGCUCUGAAGCACUUCCUGAAAUGUCCCAACACUGAUGACAACCUGGCCAUCGAGAUGGCUAUAGAGACGGUGGGACAAGCCAAGGAUGAGUCUUUGACCAAUCAGCUGAUUGAUUACCUGAUGGGGGAGAGUGACGGCAUGCCCAAGGAUGCCAAGUAUCUGUUCCGUCUCUACAUGGGCCUGCUGCAGUACAGAGAGGCAGCAUGUACUGCAAUCAUCAUCGCUAGAGAGGAGCAGUCUGCAGGGAACUACCGUAACGCCCAUGACGUGCUGUUCAGCAUGUACACUGAGCUGCAGACACAGAAGAUCAGAAUCCCUGCUGAGAUGAACACUAACCUCAUGAUCCUCCACUCCUACAUACUGGUUAAGAUCCAUGUGAAGAGAGGGGAGCAUCUGAAAGCAGCUCGCAUGCUCAUCAGAGUCUCCAACAACAUCAGCAAAUUCCCCUCCCACAUCGUACCCAUCCUGACGUCAGCGGUGAUAGAGUGCCACCGGGCCGGUCUGAGGAACUCUUCCUUCAGUUUUGCUGCCAUGCUGAUGAGACCAGAGUACCGUCACAACAUAGACCCCAAGUACCGCAAGAAGAUAGAGACUAUGGUCCGUCGUCCAGACACCAGUGAGAUAGAAGAGGAGAGCACUCCAUGUCCAUAUUGUGGUUUCAUGCUGCCCCAGUGUGAACUGAUCUGUCCUGGCUGCAAGAACAACCUGCCCUACUGCAUCGCCACGGGUCAUCACAUGCUGAAAGAGGAUUGGUCAGUUUGUCCUCACUGUGAAUUCCCUGCUCUCUACUCCCAGCUCAUCCUGCUGUUGGAGACAGAGAGUGUGUGUCCCAUGUGUUCCGAGACUCUGAGUGUGAACCAGGUGGAGAAGAUGGAUGACUGUUCCAGCUUCCUGCAUCCUGACCAAUCAGAGCACUGAUACAGAGAUCUCUGUGGUGAUGUGGCCCGGCGGUGUACUACAUAGAGGACUGCUGCUGAGGGGGAGGACGGAUGGUAAUAACGUCUGGAACGGACCAAUGGAACGGACCAAUGGAAGCCAUGUGUUUGAUACCAUUUCACUCAUUCCUCUCAGGCCAUUACCACGAGCCCGUCCUCCCGAAUUAAGGAGCCACCAACCUCCUGUGAUAGGGGAUAGGGAGCCAGUGACGUCCUCCUCCAUGUUUCUCUUCCACCUGUUAAACUGUUGAUAUAGACAGCUGUAGACGUCCUCCUCCUCCAUGUUUCUCUCCACCUGUUAAACUGUUGAUAUAGACAGCUGUAGACGUCCUCCUCCUCCUCCAUGUUUCUCUACUACCUGUUAAACUGUUGAUGUCCUCCUCCAUGUUUCUCUACCUCCUGUUAAACUGUUGAUAUAGACAGCUGUAGAUGUCCUCCUCCUCCAUGUUUCUCUACCACCUGUUAAACUGUUGAUAUAGACAGCUGUAGACGUCCUCCUCCUCCAUGUUUCUCUACCACCUGUUAAACUGUUGACAUAGACAGCUGUAGACGUCCUCCUCCUCCUCCUCCAUGUUUCUCUACCACCUGUUAAACUGUUGAUAUAGACAGCUGUAGACGUCCUCCUCCUCCAUGUUUCUCUACCUCCUGUUAAACUGUUUAUGUAGACGUCCUCCUCCUCCAUGUUUCUCUACCACCUGUUAAACUGUUGAUAUAGACAGCUGUAGACGUCCUCCUCCUCCAUGUUUCUCUACCACCUGUUUAGCUGUUGAUAUAGACAGCUGUAGACGUCCUCCUCCAUGUUUCUCUACCACCUGUUAUAGACAGCUGUAGACGUCCUCCUCCUCCUCCAUGUUUCUCUUCCACCUGUUAAACUGUUGACAUAGACAGCUGUAGACGUCCUCCUCCUCCUCCAUGUUUCUCUACCUCCUGUUAAACUGUUUAUGUAGACGUCCUCCUCCUCCAUGUUUCUCUACCACCUGUUUAGCUGUUGAUAUAGACAGCUGUAGACGUCCUCCUCCAUGUUUCUCUACCACCUGUUAUAGACAGCUGUAGACGUCCUCCUCCUCCUUCAUGUUUCUCUACCUCCUGUUAAACUGUUUAUGUAGACGUCCUCCUCCUCCAUGUUUCUCUACCACCUGUUAAACUGUUGAUAUAGACAGCUGUAGACGUCCUCCUCCAUGUUUCUCUACCACCUGUUAUAGACAGCUGUAGACGUCCUCCUCCUCCAUGUUUCUCUACCACCUGUUAAACUGUUGAUAUAGACAGCUGUAGACGUCCUCCUCCCCAUGUUUCUC